AUGGAAAGCAAAAAUGUUAAAUGCUGUGAAUUAUUAAGUCUUUUUGCUAGUCAUGCUCAAAAGAAUAUUGUUAAUUCAGAGGAAAAAGAAUGGUUUAAUGAUUUUGCUUUUAGGUUCUUUGAAGCUUUGCAGGAAAAGGACAAAUUGUGUGAUAAAUGUUUGAAGUUUUUAGAAGAGAGGGAGGAAGAAUUAAGGCAAUAUUACGAAGCAGAUAGCAUUCAAAUUUUAAUGUCCCUCAAAGAAUACACUGAACUAAGCCCAGCAAAACAGAAACUUUGA